CGGUCUGUUCAUUAAUCUCACACGUGAACAGCUUAAGAGCAACAGUAAUAAUAUACAUCCAGAGAUCUACAGCAUUUGAAAACACUUUCCAAAAUACUAUUAAAAAAGAAAAAGCAUGGGCGUUGUCUUUUUGUCUGUGCCGUUGUUUGUUCGCCUUGGUGUUUGUUUUUCCGACUUUUGAUUGAGUGUUGGCGUUGUUGGACUGAGAUUGGUGUAUUGAGUAGAAGGGAAUGAAUAAAAUUGAUGGCCAGCAUUAGAGAAAAGAUUUCAUAGCUCAAAGAAUCUAGUCCAGAGAAAAGAUUUCAUAGCUCAAAGAAUCUAGUCAAAUCACUUGUAAAAGGAAUUAGGAAGUGUGUGAAAUGGGAAAGAAGGUUCCGUGUCAGUCUGGUAAGUAAUGUGUGCUGUCGGCUGCAAGCUAAGCUGUCCUUUGUGCGAGUGUUUAGGCCUCUGAUUUUUUUAGCUUAACAUGCGUUAAAACCGAGGCGGGCUAUAGUUUAGGAGUGCACUGAAGUGGGUCUUGCUAAGUGAGGCUUAUAGUGAGUUAGGUUGGACUUUUGAAUGGGGUCUCAGUUGGGUAUGCAUGAGAGGGUCUACUGAGAAGUGGGUCUGAGUUGGUAUUUUCGAAAAUAUAUAUAGGGAAGUGGGUCUGAGCUGGUCAAGCUUGAAAAGAUCUAUAGAGACGUGUUGUGAAGUGGGUUUAGUUGGCUUUGGAACUGUUUGUUUGAAAUCAGUAAAAGUCAAGGUGAGUGCGAGCAUGUAGUUUUGGUGAUAGCGAGGCAUCCUGCCUUUCGAUUGAGAUGUUCACAUGCAUCAGUGGUUGCUGGUAGGUUUGUGAAAGCAUCGGCCCUUUUCGAGUUAUUUUUAGUCUCCUGUGACAUUCGAGAUAUUAAAGCAUCUUAUUAAAGGAGAUGUGUUUGUGACUAUAGAAUAUUAGAGACCACUUGGUUUCUGAAGCUCCUGGCAUUGGUGAUUUAGUCCUUCUCUUCUUCUGAUUCGUCAGCCUUGUGUUUUGUUUGUUACUACUUGCUCGAGAGCUUAUUCCCUCUAGUGCCUUCUGGGAAGAAGAAGAUGAUGGGGUUCAGGGAGCAUGUAGGAGCUUUGGUUGGGGUGGUUAUGCUUGGAAUCAUGUGCUGCUCUGGAAUGAAGAACACAGAGAUUCUUGUGGCACACAAUAGCUCAGGGUUGCAUUGGGAAGAGAUGAGCACGUCUUAUCCUGCAGGAACUCUUAUGGUGGGAUUGACGCUUGUGAAAGGAGCAGCAUCCACAGGAGCUGUUUGUUUGGAUGGAACCUUACCAGGUUAUCACCUACAUAGGGGAUUCGGGUCAGGAGCAAAUAAUUGGCUCAUUCAACUUGAGGGUGGAGGAUGGUGUAAUGAUGUUAGAACAUGUGUUUAUCGUAAAACAACUCGUCGAGGUUCAUCGCGAUAUAUGGAGCGUGCAAUAGUGUUCUCUGGCAUUCUAAGUGAUAAAUUUUCAGAGAAUCCAGAUUUUUAUAAUUGGAACAGGGUAAAACUUCGAUAUUGUGAUGGGGCAUCUUUCACUGGGGAUGUUGAGGGUGAAAUUGAGGUACCUAAACUUUUUUUUAGAGGGCAACGGAUUUGGAAAGCUGCUAUGGAGGAUCUCUUGUCAAAAGGAAUGAAUAGAGCACAACAGGCUUUGCUUUCUGGAUGUUCGGCCGGGGGAUUAGCAGCAAUUCUUCACUGUGAUGAAUAUAGGGAGUUGAUGCCGAGUAGCACUAAAGUGAAAUGCCUCAGUGAUGCUGGAUUGUUUCUUGAUGUGAUGGACGUAUCUGGAGGUCACUACUUGAGAUCCGUCUUUAAAGGCGUUGUAACAAUGCAGGGUGUGGCAAAGAACUUACCAAGAGCUUGUACCUCACAAAUGGAUCCAUCGCGGUGCUUUUUUCCACAAUAUCUGUUAAAGGAUAUUAAGACACCACUUUUCAUUUUGAAUGCAGCAUAUGACUCAUGGCAGGUCCAGGAUAAUCUAGCACCAGUGCAAGCUGAUCCUCGUGGUGUUUGGCACUACUGCAAACUAAACCCAGCUAAUUGCAGUGCAAGUCAGCUUGAUGUAUUGCAAGGUUUCAGGAUGAAGAUGCUUCUUGCACUGAGAGAAUUCUCUUCCUCUCGAGUGGGGGGCAUGUUUAUCAACUCAUGCUUUGCUCAUUGUCAGUCUGAGCGGCAGGAUACAUGGUUUGCCCCUGAUUCACCAAGGCUUAAAAAGAGAAUAGCCGAGUCCGUGGGUGAUUGGUAUUUUGAUCGAUCAGUUAAUUCAAAUGACAUUGAUUGUUCAUACCCGUGCGACCAGACUUGUCACAAUCUCAUUUUUAGAUCAAAAUAGAAGCUGACAGAAGAAUCUGCCUUCUUCAAUUCUUUCUAAUUUAUUCCAUUUAUUAAAUGUUUAGAAUUAAUCAUAUUGUAUAGUUUUCUUAUCAACCCGGCAUCAAGCUCAAGCUAUUGCUGGGUUGGAGAAGUUUAGAACUAGAGUGCUAGAAUCAAAUUGCAGAAAUCAUUGGUUUUGAUUAUAUUCUUUAUGCGAAGUGAAUUCAUGCUAUUAGCAAUUCAAGUUGGUUGACCGUAUGUUAAUAAAUUAUUAGCAACGAUGGCAUGCUGUCUCUCUCCUUGUUCACUUCAUGUCAAGCAGGAGCUAAUGUGAAUUCUGCCUGGUCUUAAGUUAAAGUUAUUUUUCGCAUAUUUUGUUGGGGCAACUAUAUUAUAUCAGUGAAUUGUGAUAUUCAAUAUAGUAAUGCUUAAAUCA